AUGCGUCCUACCCCUUCCAUCAUUCAAUUUAACAAGAUUUUAACUUCCCUUGUUAAGACCAAGAAGCUUUAUUCCACAGCUAUCUCGCUUUCUCGCCAAAUGGAAAUCACUGGAAUUACGCCAAACAUUCAUUGUUACUCUCAGCAUCCGCAUUUUCUGUACUCGCCAACAUUCUCAAGAGAGGUUGAAUGUAAGAUUAAAAUGGUGGAUGGAGCGCUGAAUCUCCUUGCAGAAAUGGAUUCCAAAAAGAUUAUUCAUAACACAGUAACUUACAAUUCUCUUAUUGAUGGUUUAUGCAAAUCAGGGAGAAUCUCUAAUGCCUGGGAGCUCGUUGAUGAGAUGCAUGUUAGAGGUCAACCACCGAAUGUAAUCACUUACAAUUCUUUAUUGGAUGCUUUAUGCAAAAGCCAUCAUGUUGAUAAGGGAAUUGCUUUGACCAAGAAAAUCAUAGACCAGGGCAUUAAUCCGAAUGUAUACACAUACACUAUACUUAUGAAUGGUCUAUGUAAAGAAGGAAGACUCAAGGAUGCGCAAGAGGUUUUUCAGGAUCUUUUAAUCAAAGGCUAUCAUAUAGAUGUCCAUGCAUAUACUGUUGUGAUAAAUGGACUUUGUAAAGAAGGCUUGUUUGAUGAAGCGUUGGACUUACUGUCGAAAAUGGAAAAUGAGAAUUGUAUUCCUAAUUCUAUAACUUUUAGAACAAUUAUUCAUUCACUCUUUGGAAAAGGUGAGAAUGACAAGGCUCAAAAACUUCUUCGUGAAAUGAUUGCUAGAGGUCUACUGGAAAAAUUAAACUAG